UGGCUUCUAAGUUCAAGAAAAUGUGAUUGUUUUGUAAAAAAACCUCUACUGAGGCAGUUUUGUUGAUAAAAUAUCUGUUAAAUUAUGGCUAACGUUGAAGAGGACAAUUCGGCGGCCCUGGUGACCUUUAAAUCCCAGGUUGCAGUCAGUAUUAAGAUGGUUCCUCAGAUGUCUAAAGAUCAGCAGUCCCAGGCUUGGCAAUUCUGGCAAGAGGUUUCAAAACAUCUUCAUAAAAUAAUCAUUGGUGCAUUAGGACAUUCUUCUGAAAAAACAAUCUUGGGGACAGAUGAGUGUGUUGAUGAACAAACCGAUCCGGAGACUGUAUUGGUGUCUGUUAACAAUGACUUGAGCACAGAAACAUGUAUUGUUUCAAAACCCCAAAGUCAGCCCUUGAGAUCAAUUGGAAUGGAAACGGAAAUUGAGAAGUCGCAAUCAAUUGAAGGUCUCAGUGUUGUUUUAUCAAAUGAACUGAACAGUAUUGACACCAUUAUGCCUGGUAUUGGCCAAGUUGAAAAGAUGACUGACUCUAGUGUGAAGGAAAUCAACAUUGUAAUUGAAGCUAGUUCUUUGGAAUCACAUACUCGUGAUAUGUAUGAGACUGUGAUUGUUCAACCUCCUAAGAGAGAAAAACGUCCAACAAAGACUAAAUCUGGUGCCGAGAGUGGGAGGGUUAAAAGGAAUAAAGCCACCAAGACUUUGAGCAGGCCUACUGCCAAAGCCAAAUCGGAGGGUAAAAUAAAAGUUGCUCGGGGAAAGAAAGGUGCCAAUUUACAAGCGAAUGCUAUUUCUAGUCAAGGUGAACAAGAGGGGAACAGUGUCCUUGCUGCCAUUCAUGAGGCUAAUAAAACUUUAAAGGUUGGAACAGCUGAAGUCAGCGAAACUAUGGACUGCGAGUCAUCGGACAAUGACGAGGAGAAUCCUGUGACUGGAAAAGUCUCCAAAAAGAAUUUGGGGAGCCAGGGACGAAGUGCAUGUGAAUAUUGUGGAAAGACCUUUUCAAACAACUCUGGUCUGCAUGUCCAUCUACGUGUCCACACAGGAGAGAAACCAUACUUGUGUUCAAUCUGUAAUAAGGGCUUCACCACAAAAUGUAACGUUAGACGUCACGAGGCGACGCAUGCUGGCCUCAAGCCAUUUCAGUGUGAAGAAUGCCAGAAAUACUUCACUGAGAAGAAAAGCCUUAAAGUUCAUAUGCGUAUUCAUACAGGAGAAAGACCAUAUAGGUGUGACGUUUGUGGCCGAACCUUUGCCCAAGUGGGAAUCCUCCGAACUCACAUGCACCUUCAUACAGGCUUCAAGGGUCACUUGUGUGACCACUGUGGGAAGUCCUUUAGGCAGAAGACCAACCUGCGUAGUCACUUGCUGCGCCACGCCAACAAACGUCAGUUCAAGUGCGAGACUUGCCCGGCUUCAUUCAUUUGUGCAGCUGAUUUAAAGCGUCACUGCCAGAAACACACUGGGGAAAGGCCAUUCUUGUGUUGGUUGUGCCCAAAGACAUUCACCCGACUUCAAUAUCUUAAGGAGCAUAUCAAUCAGCACACAGGAAGCAAACCGUAUUGUUGUAAAAAAUGUAACGCAGCUUUCCCAGACUUAUCGUCGGUGCAUAAACAUAUGAAGAAAGAACACAACUUGAAAAAGCAGCCUCCCGCACGGAGUCUGACGGUUGCUGCAGAUGAGGGUGUGUUGAGACCAAAACUUUUCUCGGAACCGUUCUAUGUGCAGAUUACGGACGGAAGCCCAAUAGAGCCUGGAACUCUAGUCACUGUUACUGAUGCGUCUGGAUUGCCGACGCAGCAAAAGGAUUUUGCCUUGGCUGAUACGGCAUAUGCUUCUGAGGAACAGGAAGUUAAAUUGUCUGUGAUGAAUAUUACCCAGCCACCUAGCUCGCAAACAUUUGAGAGUACCACAAAUACGGAUAUUAUGUAUCUACCUAUACAAGAUGUGGCAAAAACCGAGAUAGUUUAUGACAAUUCUGAUAUGGUUGCUAGUGAUGUGACAGUUGAUUUCUCGGCAAUCAGUUUGUUGGCGUCGGCUUCUGCUCAAGCCGAUCCUGCUACAGAGAUUCAAAAUGAUUUCUAGAGACGGAAUCAUACCUUUUCUCAAAGGUCUGCACAGCUGAUAUUAGAUUAUGAAGUGAAGAGUUUUAUUGUCUUGAGCUGCAUGAGGUUAAACUGAAUACAAGGAUCAAAGAAAUAAAAUUGCUGUUCGGCUCUCCAACUAUUUUUUA